AUGGGACCUUUUCCAACAGCAGAAUCAGGAUUGGUGUAUGUGGACUAUUAUAGCCGUUUCUUUGAAACUUUUAUUUUGAAGAACACAGGAUCAGCCAAAAUCAUCGAAUGUCUGGAGGAAACAUUUGCUCGCUAUGGUAUUCCUGACAGUCUAAGAAGUGACAAUGGAGCUCAGUUUCAAUCUACAGUAUGUGAGAAGUUUUUAGAGGAGUAUGGCAUCACCCAUGAAACAUCAACACCUUAUUGGCCGCAAGCUAACGGAGAGAAGCACACCGCACACAGUAACUGGAAUUGCGCCGAACAAACUUAUUUUCCGAUAUCAAGUGAAAACAAAGAUUCCCAGCCUCCCAGAGAGAGAGAGAGACAGAGAGAGAGAGAGGAGGAAAAGACAUCCGAGUUAGAGACUGGAUGA